AUGAACGAGUCAGUUUUCUCCCUCCAAAGGAUCGUUUAUUUUCCUGUGAGUUUAUCAUUACCAAAGGAAUUAUUGUAUGGGAUAUUUUUCAACAGUGCUUUGCGAAACAAAACUACAGAGACCAAAACCCAAGAAUUAAAGAAAUGCCCAGAUCCCUCUCCACUUCUAGUUGGGCCUCUCAGGGUUGAGUUCUCUACGCCUGUCAGCUUGGAUACAGUGAGGAAGGAGAACCCAGGCCUGCAGGAAGGAGGUCGCUACAAACCACAUGACUGUGUCGCCCUCCAAAAGGUUGCUCUCAUCAUCCCCUUCCGCCUUCGUGACGAGCACCUCAAGUUCUGGCUCUACUACCUCCAUCCCAUCCUUCAGCGCCAACAGCUGGACUAUGGCGUCUAUGUCAUCAAUCAGGAUGGAGACAACACGUUCAACAGGGCCAAGCUGAUGAACAUUGGCUAUGCUGAGGCCCUGAAAGAGUAUGACUACGACUGCUUUGUGUUCAGUGACGUGGACAUCAUCCCCAUGGAUGACCGCAACACCUACAAAUGUUUCAGCCAGCCCAGACACCUGUCUGUCUCCAUGGACAAGUAUGGCUUCAAGUUGCCCUAUUAUCAGUACUUUGGCGGUGUCUCAUCGUUGAGUAAAGAGCAGAUCAUGAAAAUCAAUGGCUUUCCCAACAACUACUGGGGCUGGGGUGGUGAAGAUGACGACAUUUUCAACAGGGUGAAUAACAGAAAAAUGUCUAUCUCUCGUCCGGACGGCGUAGUCGGAAAAUGCCGGAUGAUCCGUCACGAGAGAGACAAAAAUAACAACGACAAUCCUCAGAGGUUCAAGAGAAUAGCUCACACGUUAAAGACGAUGGAUACCGAUGGCCUCAACUCUCUCGAGUACGAAGUUGUUGCAGUUGAAAAGCAUGACCUGUUCACAAAGAUUACAGUAGACAUGGGGAUGCCACCCGAAGAUUAAGAAGAAAUGGACAAAGGAUGAAUGAGGAAGAGAUGGACAAGCAGGGCCCUGCGUGCCCGUUUGUAAAUCUGGCCCUGUGAAGAAGACAGGAACCAUCUGGAAUGAGGUCAAGAAAACUGCCCAGAACAGUACGAGAGAUGCUUGGUGUUACGGAUACAGUUAUCCUGUGUGUGUGUGUGUAUCCUGUGUGUGUUUCUUUUCUCUCCUUCUCCCCUCACAGGUGAAAAUCAUCACUCCCCAAUCAGACAACAAUCAAUCAUCAAUCAGAAG